AUGAAUAGUCUUGUUAUUGAAAGUUUAGACUCUAUGAUAAAUUUAACUAUUGAUGAUAUCCCAACAAAUUCUAGAAAUAUAAUGUUUAAACAGGAUUAUAUGACAAAUAAAACAUGUAAAGAAUCUCUUAAAAAAGUCAAAGAAAUUUAUCCAUUAUAUAUAGAUUUUACAAAUGAAGAAGGUCAAUGUGAAGCUCAUAUUUACAUUGCAGUUGAAGACAUUCAAGGUCUAAAAUGA